AUGCGCCCUUCCACCCGCGUCUGCCAGGACAUCUUCGUGGUCGCCUCCAAGCGUACCCCCUUCGGCGCCUUUGGCGGAAAGCUCAAGGACCUGAAGGCCUCCGAGCUCGGCGCCCACGCCGCUAAGGCUGCCCUUGCCGAGCUCCCCGAGGGCGUCAAAGUCGAUGAGGUCUUCUUCGGUCUUUGUGGUUCUGGCUUCCAGUCCCUGAUUACCGCUGCCCAGCACAUCAAGCUCGGCGAGGCCGACACCUGUGUCACUGGUGGAGCCGAGGCCAUGUCCAUGUCUCCCUUCACCCUGUCGGGCUCCAACCGUACGGGCAUGCGUUUUGGCCAGGACCAGAAACUGGAGGACUCUCUCUUCGCGACUUUGACCGAUCUGAACCCCCGCGGCGAAAAGACGCCUAUGGGUAUCACCGCCGAGAAUUUGGGCAAGAAGUACGGCAUCACGCGCCAGGACGCGGACAACUACGCCCUGCAGUCUCAGCAGCGCUACGCGCAGGGUCUCAAGGACGGAGCGUUCAAGGAUGAGAUCGCGCCCAUCACGCUCAAGACGCGCAAGGGCGACGUCGUCGUUGACGCCGAUGAGCACCCCAAGCCCCAGACCACGAUCGAGGCGCUCAACAAGCUCCCCUCUGUCUUCAUCCCCAAGACCGGCACUGUGUCUCCCGGCAACGCUUCCGGUAUCUCUGACGGCGGUGCGGCCAACAUUGUCAUGGGCGAGAAUGCUGUCAAGGCCACUGGUGCCAAGCCCCUGGCCCGCGUUGUGUCCUACGCCUGGUCGGCGUGCGAGCCCAGCAUCAUGGGUAUCGGCCCCGUCGCGUCGGUGCACAAGGCGCUCGAGCGCGCCGGCCUCUCGCUCGGCCAGAUGGACCUGAUCGACAUCAACGAGGCGUUCGCGACCCAGUGGCUCGCCGUCGCCAAGGAGCUUGACCUCCCCAACGACAAGAGCAACAUGUUUGGAGGCGCCAUCGCCGUCGGACACCCCCUCGCUGCCUCGGGAGCGCGUAUCAUUGCCAACCUCGUCCACAACCUCCACCGCCUCGACAAGAAGUACGCCCUCGGUGGAGCCUGCAUCGGUGGUGGACAGGGUAUUGCCGUCAUCCUUGAGCGUGUCUAG